AUGUCUACCCAACCACACAUGAACACAAAGGAGGUAACAGAAUUCCUUAUAGAGAAAUUUUCACUAUGUCCUCACCCUAAGAUGGUUUAUAGAGCAGUAAAGGAGGCUAGGGAUAAGAUCAUGGGUAACAAAAUGGAACCAUACAAGAGAAUGAGGGAUUAUUGUGAACAGAUUCUGAGUAGCAAUCCAGGUUCAACAACAGAUGCUUGUAAGCAAGGAUUCAAAGAUGGGUGUAGGCCUUUGUUGCAAUUCGGUGGGUGUUUUCUCAAAACAUAUUAUGGGGCUUGGCUUCUAGCAGUAGUUGUGCAAGAUGCAAACAACCGGUUUUAUGUCAUUGCAUAUGGGGUUGUCAGGGCUAACACCAAGGAUGCUUGGAAGUGGUUCCUAAUAAAUCUUCAGGAGAACAUAAGAGAUGAUACAAACCAUGAUUGGAACUUAUAUCGGACCAACAGAAGAUGCACUACUGUCGCAGAAUUCAAGGAAUGCAUGGAAAAGUUGAAGGCAGUUAACCAAGGUGCUUGGGAAUACCUUAGUAAGUUUGAGCCAGAAAUAUGGGUAAAGGCUUACUUUUUGCAUGGGGCAAAGGUUGACAACCUCACAAAUAACAUAUGUGAGGUGUUUAAUGCUAAGAUCGUGAACCACCGAUGUAAGCUUAUCCUAACCAUGUGUAAAGAAAUCAGGUGUUACCUAAUAAGGAGGAUGGUGAAUCACAAGCGAGUACUAGACAACCACCCUGGGAAGCUUGCACCAGUUCAGCAAAAUAGGAUGGAGAGGUUAAUCAAUAUUAGCACUAAGUGGAUGGUGGAAUGGGUUGGUGACAAUGAACGGAAGAGGUUUGAGGUUAUGAAUACAGCUGGCCCAAGUCUUCCAAAUGUUGCACCAGGUCCAAUAAGAGUGAUAAGAUCCACACUUGUGAUAGCACUACUAGGGCCAACAGUUACUCAAGCUAGGCCACCGGCCCCAACUUCAAGCCGUCCAUUUAAACCUCCAAGAAAAGCUCCAUCUACGGCAGGACCAGUUCAGGAACUUCCCCAAGGACCAACUCCAUCUAACACACAACCUGCUGCACAAAAUCAGGAAGCUCCACCACCAACUUUACCAAGUGCAUCAACAUCUAAGGAUUCAACGGAGUGA